AUGGUUCCCUUCAGCAAUAUGCUUGCUGCUGUCGCAGGUAUGACGGCCGACGCCAACAUUCUCAUCAACUACGCCCGCCAGGCUGCCCAAAGAUAUCUCCUCACCUACAACGAAGACAUCCCAUGCGAGCAACUCGUCCGACGACUGUGCGAUCUGAAGCAGGGCUACACACAACACGGAGGUCUGAGACCCUUCGGUGUCUCCUUCAUCUACGCCGGCUGGGAUCCCCGCAGGCAGUUCCAGCUCUACCAGAGCAACCCUUCGGGCAACUACGGCGGUUGGAAGGCGACGGCUGUCGGUGCGAACAGAGCCAGCGCGGAGAGCUUGUUGAAGCAGGACUACAAGGAGGAUUGCACUCUGAAGGAGGCUUGCGGCAUGGCAGUCAAGGUCCUGAGUAAGACCAUGGAUUCAACGAAGCUGAGCGCAGAGAAGCUCGAGUUCGCCACGGUCGGCCAGACGAGCGACGGCAAGAUCUACCACAGACUCUGGACCGCAGAGGAGAUCAAGGAGCUCCUCAAGGAACACGACCUGGCGAAGGACGAGUCCACGGAGGACAAAUAA